AUGUCACCAGCGGCAUCAUCUGGAUCUAGCAAAAAGGCCCCUGCGUUGAAGUCGUUAUAUACGAAGCUUAAGGGACAACAAACGUCGUUCAAUAACAUUUCGCGAUUUGUCGAAUGCUUUCCGGAGGGCACCACUGCCAGUCAAAUAACUGUGCGGCUUGAGCGUCUGGAUGAUUUGUGGGAGAAAAUUAGCGUUUCUAUCUACGAGAUCGAGACUCACGACGAUUUUACUGAAAAUGAAGCGUUUUCGAAGAAGCGUGCCGAAUUCGAGAACCGAUUUUACGAUGUCAAAUCACUUUUGCUGGAUAGGGCGAAGGAAUUUCAGGAGGUAUCCACUGUUGAUCAAUCGGUACGGCUAGGUGAAACAACAAUUCAGGGUGGUAUGGACCAUGUCCGUUUACCACAAAUCAAGCUACAGCAAUUUGAUGGGAACAUAGACGACUGGUUAAGCUUUAGAGAUUUGUUUUGUUCGCUCAUACAUUGGAAACCUGAUAGGCCGGAAGUGGAAAAGUUUCACUAUUUAAAGGGUUGUCUUGGAGGAGAGGCUAAGGCAUUGAUCGAUCCGCUAAAGAUAACUAAACCGAACUAUCAGAUUGCAUGGGACACUUUGACGAAACGUUACGAAACUAUUGAAAAGGAAGCAGGUCCAAUCUCUCGUCAGCUUACCUACGCUAGGAAAGGAAUCUGUCUCUGA